AUGGACCGCGUGCGGAAUACACCAAGUACAACAACUCCUAGCUGGCCAAAAAAUGCACACGUUCCAACAUCUUCAAACCACAUUUGGAUUACCCAAAUCCGCCUUUCUCACCUACCUCCAACUAAAGUCCUGGCUCACAAAGCAACUACCUAUAACGACUUCUGCACAAG